CGUCCGCCGCGGGGUCACACCUGCCGGGACCCAGGGCCCGUCCCCCGCGCGCGGGCGCGCCCUCGGAGGGAAGGGAGUUAGGGCGGUAAGGAUGGAGAAGGGGAAGAAGAAGGGGAAGGAGCCGGAGAAAGAGAAAAUUCGGGAAAAAGGAAAGGAGGAGAAAAAGAAGGAGGUGGAGAAGGAGAAAGUGAAGGGAAAAGAAAAGGAAAGGGGGAGAGACAAAGGGAAGGGGGAGAAAAGUAACGGUAAAGAGGAGGAAAAGAGGAAAGAGCGGGAGACGGUGAAAGAGAAGGAGCAUCCUAAGGGGACAACAGAGGAGACCGAGAAGGACAACGGCGCCUUGGCGAGGCCCCCGCUGGAGCCGCCGGAGAAGAAUAAGCAGAUCCUUGUGUUGGGCCUGGAUGGAGCAGGAAAGACCAGUGUUCUCCACUCUCUAGCUUUAAACAGAGUCCAGCACAGUGUGGCACCCACCCAAGGUUUCAACGCAGUAUGCAUUAACACUGAAGAUAGCCAAAUGGAGUUCCUGGAGAUUGGUGGCAGUGAACCUUUCCGUUCUUAUUGGGAAAUGUACCUGUCCAGAGGAUUGCUGCUGAUCUUUGUGGUGGAUUCAGCAGAUCACAACAGAUUGCCUGAAGCUAAGAAACACCUUCAUCAAUUAAUUGGAACAAACCCAAUCCUUCCUCUGGUUGUGUUUGCAAACAAACAGGAUCUUGAAGCAGCCUAUCGUAUUACAGAUAUCCAUGAAGCUUUGGCAUUGUCUGAGGUCGGAAAUGACAGGAAGAUGUUCUUGUUUGGAACCCAAGUGACUGAGAAUGGCUCAGAAAUCCCUUCUGUCAUGCAAGAUGCCAAAGACUUGAUUGCACACCUGGCUGCAGAUAUGCAGUGACCAAGCCCAGGCCCACUGUGCAGUUCUUGAUCUAAAUGUCACCAGGGAGUGUUGAAUUACAGGUUUGAAGCCAAAGGUUUCUGCUGUCAAAUAAAAAAUAAGCCAUUUCCUAUUUUCUUAAUGCGUGACAUAUAUACAAAGAUAAUGUUAAUUGAUUAAGAGCCUAUGUUCAGAUUUUGAACUUUAAAAAUAUUGGUAAAAUAAUAUAUUUGGGGGAUUUGAAUUUUCAUCAACAAAAUUAAAGUGAACAUUAAGCAUUCAAA